AUGAUGUCAUCAGGUUGCGUGCUGUCUUCAACUUCAACUGCAAAUGCACGAACUGCCUUCUCUCCCCUCAACUGCGCAACAAGAGAUCCAUCCUUCUCUUCACCAUCGUUUUCUUUCUCCAACCGCACCUUCAAUCCCCUAUGUCUCAGAUCCUUCACUCGCCAUCACGGAAUCCGAAUCGCCGACAAGUCCAAAACCACCACAGCGUUUCGUGUCCGUUCACAUGCUGCUCCUUAUCCUUUCACUACUCCUAAUGUCCAGUGGAUCUCUACUGUUUCUGCUCUGGUUUUAGUGCUGGCAAAGGGCACCACUGUACACAAGUCAUUUCUUGUUCCAUUAUUUGCUUUGCAAGCACCUGCAGCUGUCUUUGCCUGGAUACAAGGUAGAUAUGGCGUGUGGUCAGCAUUUUUGGCACUUCUCGUUCGUCUCUUCUUCCAUAUUCCUGGUGAGCUUGAGUUGCCGUUUAUAGCGUUACUCUUGGUGAUUGUAGCUCCUUAUGAGGCUAUAAGAUUAAGGGACACAAAAGAAGGUGCUGCAAUUUCUUUAUUGAUUGCAGCGUAUUUGGCUUUCCAGCAUUUCUCAAGAACAGGCUUGGAGAAAUCAUUUGACCAAGGUUCAGUUGUUGCCACCUUAGCCGUCAUCGGUAUCACUGUUGCGUCUGUGUUGCUUUUCAUCUGA